UUCGUUGUUUACCUUCAAGAAAGUCAUUCAUUCUACUGCGAGAUCUUGACGAUGUUGCGCCUUUCAGUGAAGCAUGGAUUGAGGGCCAGCUCCCAGCUGGCUGCCACCAGAAAUCCGGAGUUAUCCUCUUACGUGCAGCAGAUCGAGUCUGAAUGGGAGUCCGCUAAGCCUUUCACGGAAGUUCCGGGACCGACACGGUGGCAAUUAUUCCGCGGCUUCCAGAAGGGCGGGCAGUACCAUCAACUGGAAAUGGAUGAAAUGAUGCGCCUGUUCAAAAAGCAGUUUGGCGACAUAUGCUUGAUUCCCGGAUUAUUCGGCAUGCCCUCCACAGUGUUCACAUUCAAUCAGGAAACCUUCGAAAGGGUUUAUCGCACCGAAGGUCAGUGGCCAGUCAGAGGUGGCUCCGAACCCGUCCUACACUAUCGCAAAAAUAGAAAGGAUGGAUUCUUCAAGGACUGCGUGGGAUUGUUUAGCAAUGGCCCCCAGUGGGGAAAAGAGCGAAGUGCAGUGAAUCCAGUCCUGAUGCAACAUCGCAAUGUAGCUGUUUACCUGAAACCGAUGCAGAGGGUUAAUCAGCAGUUCGUCCAACGCAUCCGGGAAAUUCGCGACCCGGAAUCCGAAGAAGUGCCCGGUGAUUUCAUGGAAACCGUGAGGCAGCUGACCUUCGAAUCGGUGGCAACGGUGGCCCUGGACAAGGAAUUGGGACUCCUCCGCGAAACCAAUCAGCCGCCCGAAGCCAGGAAAUUGUUCCGGAAUAUUGAAAUUCUUAUGGAAUCGUUCUUUGUCCUGGGCGUCAGACCUUCGCUGUACAAGUAUAUCUCUACACCCACCUAUAGGAAGUUUAGUCGGGCCAUGGAUGAAAUCUUCGACACCUGUUCGAUGUACGUGAACGAGGCUAUAGAAAGGAUUAAUAGGAAUUCGGCAGAAGGCAACUCAAAGGAUCAUAAGAGUGUCCUGGAACAGUUAUUGCAAAUUGACAGGAAAUUCGCAAUUGUUAUGGCCAUGGAUAUGCUAAUGGGAGGAGUGGAUACCACCAGUACGGCCAUAGUGGGACUAUUACUGAACCUGUCCAAAAAUCCGGAGAAGCAGAAAAAGCUCAGGGAGGAAGUGUUAAGCAAAUUGCCUUCGACAGAUAGAGAUUUCACUUUGGAGGACAUGAAAUCUCUUCCAUAUUUAAGGGCAUUUAUCAAGGAAUCGCUGCGUGUGUAUCCAGUCACCUUUGGAAAUACCCGAUCCGCCGGAACCGAUGUCGUACUUAAUGGUUACCGGAUCCCCAAGGGCACACAUCUAAUGAUGAGCAACAGUUUUCUACUAAAGGAUGAGGGACUAUAUCCCCGGGCAAAGGAAUUCAUUCCGGAACGCUGGUUACGACAGAAAGGUGCCGGCGAAAACAGUUCGGAAGUCCUGAUGGACAAGAGCAUCAGUCCCUUUAUAUACCUGCCCUUUGGUUUCGGACCUCGCAUGUGUGUUGGCAAAAGGAUCGUAGAUCUGGAACUCGAACUAACGGUGGCCAACUUGGUACGAAAUUUCCAGAUAGAAUUUAACUACCCCGCCGAGAAUCCGUUUAAAAGCAGUUUUGUGUAUAUGCCUAAUAUUCCUCUGAAAUUUAAAUUCACUGAUGUAAAAUAUUAAAAAGCUUGUUUAU